AUGAAACAACUGGCUGUGUAUAUGGAAGAAAGUAGGGAGCAAGGAAUCGAUGGUAAUCGUCCGAGAAAGCUGAACUUAAACCUGCCACUCUUAUCGACUAGGCGGCUUGGCAGUCACACUGGAAAUGAAGGAACUUAUUGUGCAACAAAUUCACAAACUGCUUUGCAGGAUACGAGCGAUAGGAUCCCAUUCUGUUGGGAACAAGCUCCUGGCAAGCCCAAGGAGAGGGAUAGAAAUGAUAUCCUCGAAGCAGAAACUCCUCUGCCAAGGCUUCCACCAUGCAGAUGGAAUCCACAAAAAGAAGCAGCGGAAAACGGUGAUCACAAUUGCAUCAUCAACCUCGAUGACCACGAUGAAGGUUGUGAUGCUGACAUUGAUGAUGAUGACGAUUGCGAAGAGAUUGAUGUGUUUUCAGAUGCCAUAGAUGUUUUGUCAUUGACAGAAGCAAUAGACAUUGCCCAGAAAUCCGAGGAUGGACACGGAUUAGACAGGCUAAAUUUAGAAAGUGUGGCCUCGACCGAUGACCACUCUUUAAAUUUCAUGAUGGAGCGGUUCCUUCCGGAUGCCACUGCAUUAGCUACAAGUUCUGCACUUUCCGAUUUGAAUAAUCUAAACAAGAAGCUCCCUUAUCCAUACAAUUAUUCAGAGGAGUACGUUUCAAGAACAGUCGGGCAAUCAUAUCCUUCAGAGGCUUCACACACAGGCUGUGGCCUAGAAAUUCUAUUUCCUUGGCGCAUGAAGCACAAGCUGUGUGGCAUAAAGAGUCCUGUAAGACAAGUCUCCCCAAAAGUGCAACCUCAAUAUUGUUCUACAAAACAAAAGAAAACAUUGUUGAAAGAAAUGGCAAUGGAGAUUACUCAGUUUUUAUUGGCUGCCCAAUCACCAGAUGCAAACAUCCGUACUCAGGCAGAGGCCAAUCUUAGGCAGUUCCAAGAGCAGAACUUGCCCCUUUUCCUUCUAUCCUUGUCGGUGGAGCUUGCAAACAAUGAGAAGCCUUUAGAAUCACGAAGAUUGGCUGGUAUUGUUCUUAAAAACUCUUUGGAUGCUAAAGAUUCUGUGAGAAAGGAGCAUCUUCUUCAACAAUGGAUGGCAAUUGAAAUUUCUAUCAAAUCACAAAUCAAAGACUUGCUCUUGAGGACUCUUGGGUCAUCUGCAUCGGAAGCAAGGCACACUUCUGCCCAAGUAAUUGCAAAAGUUGCUUCCAUUGAGAUUCCACGGAAGCAGUGGCCUGAGCUUAUCUCAUCAUUGCUUAACAAUAUGACCCAGCAAGAUAGUCCUGCAGCUUUGAAACAGGCGACUAUGGAAACUCUUGGAUAUGUUUGUGAGGAGAUAUCCCACCAGGAUCUUGUUCAGGAUGAAGUGAACUCUGUUCUCACUGCUGUUGUCCAAGGCAUGAAUCUUGCUGUACACAGUCAUGAAGUACGUCUUGCAGCAACAAAGGCCUUGUAUAAUGCCUUAGAUUUUGCUCAGACCAACUUUGAAAAUGAAAUGGAGCGCAAUUACAUCAUGAAGGUGGUCUGUGAGACAGCAAUUUCCAAAGAGGCGGAUAUCAGGCAGGCUGCUUUUGAGUGUCUUGUUUCCAUAGCAUCAACAUACUAUGAUGUGCUUGAACCUUAUAUGCAGACCCUCUUCCAGCUAACAUCAAAUGCUGUGAAAGGGGAUGAAGAGAGCGUGGCCCUCCAAGCGAUUGAAUUCUGGAGCUCCAUCUGUGAUGAAGAGAUAGAGCUUCAAGAAUAUGGAACCCUUGAAGGUGGGGAUUCGGGGUCUACUCAUUCACGCUUCAUAGAAAAGGCCCUCCCAUAUCUUGUUCCUUUGUUGUUGGAUACUAUGUUGAAACAGGAGGAGGAUCAGGAUCAGGAUGAUAGCAUUUGGAAUAUAUCCAUGGCAGGGGGCACAUGUCUAGGUCUUGUAGCUAGAACAGUUGGAGAUUCUGUUGUGAAACUUGUAAUGCCUUUUGUAGAGGGUAAUAUUCUGAAGCCAGAUUGGCAUUGUCGUGAGGCUGCCACAUAUGCAUUUGGCUCAAUUCUAGAAGGCCCUAGAGUUGAAACUUUGGGUCCACUUGUUACUAAUGGCUUGGAUUUUCUGCUUAAUGCGAUGAGGGAUGAAAAUAAUCAUGUGAAGGACACAACUGCUUGGACUCUUAGUCGUAUAUUUGAGUUUUUGCACUGCCCUGCCAGUGGAUUUUCUGUGAUUUCACAGGAGAACCUAGAAAGGAUCGUAACUGUCUUGCUGGAGAGUAUUAAUGAUGCUCCAAAUGUAGCUGAAAAGGUUUGUGGGGCAAUCUAUUACCUUGCACAGGGAUAUGAAGAUGCUGGAACAAGUUCCUCCCUUCUAACUAAACACAUCCCUAGGAUCAUCUCUGAACUUCUCAAAACUGCUGAGCGGACAGAUGGGAGUGACUCUAAGCUCAGGACUGCUGCGUAUGAAACAUUGAAUGAGGUUGUUAGAUCUUCCAAUGCUGUGGAAACAUCUCAAAUUAUUUUGGAGCUGCUCAAGAGCAUCUUGCAUAAGUUGGGGCAGACUCUAGAGCUUCAAAUUGCCUCAUCAGAUGAUAGAGAGAAGCAAGGGGACUUGCAAGCAUCCCUUUGUGCUGUUAUACAGGUGAUCAUCCAAAAGCUUAGCAGCACUGAUGAGACCAAGCCCAGUAUACUUCAGGCUGCAGAUCCAAUUAUGUUUCUGUUCCUCAGGGUUUUUGCUUGUCGCAGCUCUACUGUGCACGAGGAAGCAAUGCUUGCAAUUGGUGCAUUGGCUCAUGCUUCUGGUCCAGAAUUCGAGAGGUAUAUGGCUGAGUUAUACAAAUACCUGGAGAUGGGAUUACAGAAUUCUGAAGAGUAUGAGGUUUGUGCCAUCACAGUUGGGGUGAUUGGUGACAUUUGCCGUGCACUGGAGGACAAGGUUUUACCAUACUGUGAUGGGAUCAUGAACCACCUUGUUCGCAAUCUCUUAAGUGCUGAACUCCACCGGUCGGUCAAGCCUCCCAUAUUCUCCUGCUUUGGGGACAUUGCUCUUGCCAUAGGCGAGCAAUUCUCUAAGUAUAUUGACCCUGCAGUAGCAGUGAUGCAAAGUGCUGCUAAGGUCUGUACUCAGAUGGAUAAUAGUGAUGAGGAAAUGAUGGAUUAUGGUAACCAGCUUAAGCGUAGCAUAUUUGAAGCUUAUUCUGGUAUUCUUCAGGGAUUCAAAGAUUCCAAGCCUGAGUUGAUGCUGCCACAUGCUGGCCACCUUUUCCAGUUCAUAGAAUUGGUUUUCAGAGAGAAAUAUAGGGAUGAGAGUGUUACAAAAGCAGCAGUUGCUGUGAUGGGUGAUCUGGCGGAUGUCCUUGGUCCAAACACGAAAAUACUGUUUAAAGACAAUGCAUUCUGCAUUCAAUUCCUCGGCGAGUGUCUUCAAUCUGAUGAUGAACAUCUCAAAGAGACUGCAAAUUGGACUCAAGUGAUGAUUGCUCGUGUUGUUUCAUGA